AUAAAAUUCAAUAUAUAUAUUGUAGUGCGAAGUGCAAUUCGCAUUCUAUUUAUCUACACGGCAUAAGAAGUUACUUUUAGUAACAAUGUUCAGAUUUCUGGUUUUAGUUUAUAUGGCAGUUGCCAUCACCAGUUCUCUACCUGUAGAUGAAUCGAAGCAGUACCCAAGGUUUAUAGAAAUUCCUGGAGGCGAUGGGCAACUGCAUAAGGUGGACUUAGAAGAGCAGCCUGAUAUUGAAUUGCUAUCAGAGAUCACCAGGAAUCCUGCUAACAACCUCUAUCUUCUGUUUACUAGACGCAAUCCAAGAUCUGCUCAGACGUUGGUUAUGAACGACAUUGACUCCAUACUUUCCUCCAACUUCAAUCCUUACGUGCCAACCGUCGUCAUAGCCCACGGUUGGCUGAGCAACCAGAAUAGCGACCUUAACCCUGUCAUCAGAGAUGCGUACCUCGAUAAAAGCGAUGUGAACGUAAUCGUUUUGGAUUGGAGACGUCUUGCUAUAUCAGGAUAUGUCACCGCAGCUAGUGGAGUACCAGCUGUUGGACGAGGGUUGGGUCUGUUCCUGGAGUUCGUUAGCAGAGUGACUGGUGCAUCUUACGGCUCGAUGCAUCUAGUCGGGUUUAGUUUGGGUAGCCAUCUCGUUGGCAAUGCUGGGCGGCAACUCGGUGGAAGACUAGCACGUAUUACAGCAUUGGACCCAGCUGGUCCUCUGUGGGUCUACAACUCGAACCGCGUAAGUGCCAAUGAUGCCAUCUACGUCGAAGGCAUACACACCAACGGUGGAAUGGUUGGUCUUGGUCUGGGCAGUGCUAUUGGCCACGCCGAUUUCUUCCCCAACGGAGGAGUCACACAACCUGGUUGCUAUACCCCUAUCUGUGAUCAUAACCGUGCCUGGGAGUUUUUCGCUUCGUCAGUCACACACAACCACCUGAUCGGCACGGAAUGUACCAGCUCAACGCAAAUCACUUUGAAUACGUGCCGUGGUUCUAGGAUAUUGCCCAUGGGAAAUGAUGAUCUGAAUAAGCGAGGAUUUGGAAGGUAUCGCGUGAAUACUGGAAGGAGAUACCCGUUUUAAAUGUCUGGAAAGACUAUGUGACAUGGAAAUGAAUCUGGAUUUUGUAUAUUAAUAAAUUAGUAAUAAAAUAAAAAUAAAUAAAAA